AUGGCCAUUCCUGCCGUCAAGUCCAAACAGGGGAAGUCCAAGGAGAAGGGGAAGCAAAAGAAAGGAGGAAAGGGCUCCAAGGAGCGGACCGUAUUCAUGGAGUCCUCUUCCGCAUCUUCCUUCUAUGGUUCACGAUAUACACACUCUCAGUUUGUCCUCAGGACGACCAUUUGCAGAACCAGUCUGCCGCGGUCUGCAGAAUACCGCCGGCUUGUCAUUGAGCCUUACAUCCUCCCUCCCAUCCAACAAGCCCUGGCACAUCCCUCCGUGGCUCCUUACGUCCAGAAACUGCAGCCGUACGCCGAUUACGCAGUUCGCACCGCUACACCGAUGGCAAUUCUGGAACAAGCGGUCGUGCCACUCUACCAGAAGUACGCCGUACCGCAACUCAUCAAGCUUGACGCACAAGUUGCACCGUAUAGGACGCGCGUGGAGCAGGAGUACGAGCGGACGGUCGGCCCACAGCCUUACGUGGUACUUGCCGCGCAGAAGACAUACGGGGGUUACCAAGUCGCGCGCCCGUACGCUAGGCCGGUAUGGGAGCAGACCAAGGUCAUUCUUGGCCACCUCGCAGCAUUCCUUGGCGAGCAACGGAGGCAAUUCGUCGACCCGCACGUCCACAAAAUCUGGGAGCAUGUCAAGGAGAUGAGUAACGGCAAACCUCCGGUCUCCACGACUUCUUCCCUGCGCAGCGCCGCCUCGUCUCAGGUUCCCAAGGUCUCAUCUCGGAUCUCUAAGGCGUCGAGCUCGCUGUCCUCGACAGUCUCCUCCGUCGCUUCGUCCGCUUCCAUUGCGGCAAGCGAGUCUCCGAAGGCCGCUCUCUCGUCAGCAUCGUCCUCCGUAGCUCGGUCACCGAAGACGUCACAUCAUCAGUGUCCGAAGCAACCGAAGACGCAUCAUCGACGUUUCGUACGACCCCUCCGAGUCCACGCCUCCGCCUCCUCGACGGCCUCGUCAAUUCAUUCUGCCGCAAGUGACGCGGUCGCGUCGUCCGCGUCGUCGGUCGUGGAAGGUUCUUCCAGUACCUUAUCUGAAGCUCCGGAAAGCGCCGCCUCGUCCAUCGCGGAGAGCGCCACCACAGUCGCCUCAAGCGCUGCAUCACCGGAGGUCACGACCCUCGCGGAUCAAGCUCCCUCGGAUAACCUUAACCCUCAUGCUUCGGAGACCGAAGCCGCUCCUGUCACGGUCACGGAGACCCUUGCGGUCCCUGAGACCGCCGCAGCUGUGCCCACGCCUGCAGCGGAGACCGUCCCCGAGGAUGAAGACCUUUUCAGUGACCUGGAUCUGGACUUCUUCGAGGAUUUGGCCAGAGAGGAUGAGCCCGUGCAGCCUACCAAGGAGCUCUGGGAAAUCGAGCGUGACAGGGAAAUCGCCCAGCGCGAUGCCCUCGCAAAGGUCGCAAACAAACGCGCCGAUAUCACGAGCCGCCAUACGAAGUGGGAGGAGCGUCUUGACGAACGUAUCUCGGCCAACAAGAAGGCUCUUCGCAAGUCGCUCGUGGCCAUCCGCAAGGCCGCCGUUGUCGAGGUCAAGGAGGGCGCCGUCCGCAAGGAGAUGGAGAGCCUCGUCGCUGACUGGGAGAAGUACAUGCGCGGCGCGGAGAAGUUCCUGGCGAACCUGUCAAAGGAGAAGGGCAAGCCCGAGAACAAGCGGGCCAAGUGGGACCGAGUCCUCACCAAGCUCGACGACAAGUUCGCGGAGCGUCUGCAGCAGACGGAAGCGCUGGUCAACGGCUGGUAUGAAGGCGUUCUCGACAAGGAACUCGAGCAGAUGAACCGUCUUACGGAGGAGGUUAAGAAGAUCGCUGAUGACGCUCAGGCGGACAUCGGUCUCGACUACGCCUAUCUCGAUGAUGUUACCGUUGCUGACUGGGAACGCUACCAUGCUUUGGUCAAGAAGAGCGACAACUUCACCGCGCUCGCGCAGUCCGUGCAGGACGGCUCGCACCCUUCCCCGCCUAUCAACCCCAUCCUCCUGCGCUCGAGAAGCUUCAGGAGGAGGUCGAAGAGGUCGUCACCGGCUGGGACUCUCGUCUCCGCAAGCUCCAUCACAAUUGGUCGCGGCAAGGCUGAGGUCGAGGCAGCGCUCAACCGGGUAGCCGAGGCUGAGGGCCGGAAGACGUCGUCGCCGGACGAGCCCGAGAAGGUCAAGGACGCCGAUGCUGUCGCGCAGAGCCUGAACAACGCCGUGGCGAAGGAGUCAUCGCCCGCGCACGCGGAGCUCUAG